GGGUGGUCUUUUUGGUAUAAACCUUUACCUAUACUCUGGUUUACAGUUUUGUUUCAAAGCAUGGCAUGUUGAGUAUUUUGGGCAGCAAAAUUUCUAUUAUAGGUUCUAUUAUAGGAAAACCUAUUCUGUGAGAUCACUUAAAGACAGACAUUGAAGUAUACAUAAAACUGUAAAACAAACAUAUAUUAUUUCCACUGCCACUUCCAUAUAGAAUGUGUAUGGAGUGUGGUUUGGAAUUUAUUAUUUAGUUUAGCCCCCCCCCCCGAAUCUCUUACUGGAGAUUGUUGCAAGUCUGCUAAGAAUUGACUAGUUUUAGACUUCCCUGCCCCCCCAGACUGACAAAUGUGUGGUUUCAGGUGUCCAUACUCAGAAAAAAAGUAUGCUAUUCAUAUUCUUCCUGACCGGUUUGUGGUGGGGGUGGGGCUGUUGCUGUGAGUCUUCUGUAAAUGCAUCUGAGUUGCAGACCAACAGCCUAACUAAUGCAAUGUUGCUGUUGUGGUGUCUUCCUUUCUGUGCUGCGUCUGGUACUUCGGUGGCAGGCCAGUUCAGACAGUGACUGGUGGCUUUUUUGCGGAGAGGAGGCUGUUAUCAGCCAGUUAAGUUCCUGAACUAGUUUGCUUUGGGUUCAGAUGGCUGUAGGUGCAGCAAGGACAACGAGGAGGGCUGUAUAGGCCUUUAUAAAGUGUGGGCAGGAGGACUGCACCUUUCAGAGACUACAGUGUCUAAUUAUCAGCAUGAGCCUUGGUUGUAUUGCUUUUGAAUUAUGAUUACUUGCAGAAAUAAUAUAAUGAUAUUAGGACCAGAAUCUUAUCAAAAGUUCAUAUACGCCUAACCAACGAGUGAGACAGGCAAAUGCAGUAACUUUACCCUCUCUAUUUUCAGUUCAGCUAAUUGACUGUAGUUAGUAACUCUUGGUGGAUAUCUUUUUCAGCUCAUGCAGCCUCUUUCAACUCAUGUAGCCAUUCAGCAUGCACAGCAUCCCUUUAGUAAGGAGUUGCAAGCUGUGUGAAGAACUACCUCCGGAAACUUAUUUUGAUCCUUGCCAACCUUGCUUGUUGUCCCCCCCAUAGUUGUCAUUUCUGUUCAAUCUAAAGGGUCCUAGUUAGCUGCAUUGGUCCUUAUGUGAAAUUUAUUUUGCUACUUAGCAUUUCUUGUCUUCCUUCAAAGAUUUUUUUUUUUUUGCGCCUUCUGUAUUCUCUUUUGAGAUAGGAACGGGUAGCUAGCAAACCAGCAUGCAGGUUUUAUAGCUGCAGGGAUGUGCUGUGGUUUUGAGCAGUUAACACUCUGCUUUGCUUUACCUUAUUACUCUUCUAAUAUUUAAUCUGCUUUCUUGGCCAUUGUGAUGAGCAUUGAGGUGAUUUUUCAUUAAAACAGCUGCCAUAAUAACUCAGUGUUGCUCUUGGCUGGUAAUUGUGAGUUUGAAGGCUGCUGUAUUACACAUUAGGAUUGUUUUGUUCCCCAAGUACCACUGCACACUUGUCUAUGCUGGAUUUCAUUGCUUGCUGUCGUAAAUUGUUUCUACAGUUCUUUCCAGUUAACACUUUACCAAGAAAAAAAAACACAGUAUCAUCACAAAAUGUUGUCUCAUUGCUUGAAAUCAUUUAUGAACGUAUUUAUACUGUGCCUCUUGGGUCAAUGUAUUGUGAAAUGCCAUGGUGGGAACUAAUGUUUUAUUUCUACCUUUGUUUGACCAUUUGGAGGCAAAAACCACUAAAGGACUUUUGUCCUCUCUGUCUACUUUGUUUCUCCUAAGCCUUUUGUGUUUUCCUAUACAAGGGACCUUCUUAAAAGUAUUUCAGAGAACUUGCAAUAGAUGUGUGAGGCAGUACUAUUUUAUAAAGUGUUUAUUCUUUCUUGUAAGAGGAACAGUAUUUAUCUACAAGUCUGCUAAUUCUCUUCCAGUUGACCUGGAUAUUUGCUGUAUUAAGCUAACAGACUUUCAAACAGGAAUUAUUAAAAUAAAUUUGGUGGAAAGUCAAAGUCUACUUACAAAAUGUAAAUCAGUCUCAGCUGUUGUUGGUGAGGAGAAAAAAUUACCAGUCCCAUUAUCAGUAACUCCUUUGCUAUGGAGCAGCUAUAAACAAACUGUCAGAGAUGGGACACUGGCCUGUUCAAGUUGCAGAGCCUUAAACAAAGUUAGGCGUGCAGCUUUGGAACUAAAAAUGUAGGCCACUUAACCUGACUUAUAAGCCCUUUAUUUAGGUCAUGGGGAAUUGGAAAAAUCUGUGAGGGAUUCACAGACUUUUAAGUCAGAAAGAAAUCCCAAAGAGGGAUAUAUCUGAUUUUUGGUUUAGUCCAUGCUUUGUUGCCCAGUCUGGCUCUUGAGAUAGGUGGCCAGGUGUAACUCUGAUUGGCACUUCAUAGCUUUCUUGAAGCCAGUUACUUGUCGCUUCCAUAUGCUAUGGAGUGCUUUACCUUUCUCUUUACAGCAUGACUAGUGGCGGUGUGUUUCCCCACCUGCUUCUUACUUCCUCAGGAUGUAGGAGAUCUCAGUUAGGGCGCUCUUCUCCAUCUGAGGAAACCCAGGCCCUGAAGUGCAGAUAGUCUACUCUUCUGCUUAUAUUGAAGCUGUGCCGUUAUGAAGGAAAAAACAGUCCAAGAGUAGGUGAGCAAAGUGGGCCUGACUACAGUGCAAUGAGAUAAGCUAUGUGCCAGAGUGUGGAAGAAAUAUGGUUUUCAGUCUUUGCUUAGAAUACUGCCUAUGAGUCAUGUCUUAGCUGUUGAUUAAAGGAGGAGAGACGACCCAAAGCCCUUGGCCUUCUGCUUGCUGGGAGACUGCAGCAUAAUGGCUAGUCUGUCACAGAAUUGGUUGUUGAAGACUAUGCUGGAAGAUGGCAGGUUCCUUUGCCUCAGCUUCAGGUGCUCCAGACGGCGCUUUGUUGUUUCACCUCUGCCUGUGUAUCAUUCCCAGCUGAAUGUGAGCACGUACAAUACGUAUUGAGUAGCCUAGCUUUGAAUGUCAGAACCUUCUAAGUAGAUACAGAAAUAUGAACCUGGAGCUAGUGACUCGCAUCAUCCGAGAUGGGGGACCAUGGGAGGAUCCAGUAUUGCAAGCAAUUCUUAAAGCAAAACCUGUGUCACAGGAAUUAGUUAACAAAUAUUUAAGCUCUGAAAAUCCACUGUUCUUUGAACUACGUGCCAGAUACCUUAUUGCCUGUGAACGCAUCCCUGAGGCAAUGGCUCUUAUCAAAUCUUGCAUAAAUCAUCCAGAUAUCAGUAAAGAUCUGUAUUUCCAUCAAGCUCUUUUCACCUGUCUUUAUAUGUCACCAUUAGAAGAUCAGCUAUUCCAGGAGCACUUGUUGAGGACUGAUUGCAAGAGUGGAAUUGAGAUCAUCUGCAACACUGAAAAAGAAGGGAAGACUACCUUAGCCUUACAGCUAUGUGAAUCGUUCCUAGUCCCACAGCUUCAAAAUGGGGACAUGUAUUGUAUAUGGGACCUGAUCUUCAUUUGGAGUAAACUGCAGCUUAAAUCUAACCCAUCAAAACAAGUAUUUGUUGACCAGUGCUACCAGCUUUUAAGAAUUGCUACAAAUGUCAGAGUAAUUUUCCCUUUCAUGAAAGUCAUUAAGGAUGAAGUUGGUGAAGAUGGUCUUCAGAUAUGUGUUGAGAUAUGUGGAUGUGCCCUACAGUUGGACCUCCGUGAAGAUCCCAACAUGAAAAGUCUUAUUUAUAAAGCAAUUGCUCAUUUUCUGCCAAAUGACUUAGAGAUCCUCAGAAUUUGUGCUCUUUCAAUCUUUUUUCUUGAGCGCACCUUGGAAUCUUACUACACUGUUGAACAUUUAUAUAAAUGUGCAGACGAAGAAUACAAUGAGUGCACUAGUUCUGUUCAAAACCGUGUACGUUUUGAAUUGCUUCCAAUUUUGAAAAAAGGUUUGUUUUUUGAUCCCGAGUUUUGGAAUUUUUUGAUGAUCAAGCAGAAUUGUUUAGCAUUAUUGGGGGAUAAAGCCUUUGUUGGCUUAAGCGAAAGUACACUGGAAAACUCUACUGCAAGUACCGAGAAGAUAACAGAGUAUAGGGCUCUGAGUGAGGAACGUGUCUGUUUAACAGAUGUAAGCAAUGGGGAGCUUGACCCUGAAGACCUCUCUGAAGCCCAGUCCAAAGGUAACACCAAAAAGAACCAUGAAGAUCUUGAGGCAUCUAAAGUGGUAGAUCAAACUGUACCAAGGCACCGCUGUGUGAUAUGCAACAAGGAAUUUCUUGGUGGUCACAUUGUGAAACAUGCACAAGCUCACCAAAAAAAGGGCAGUUUUUCCUGUGUACUUUGCACCAGAAAGUUCAGGCAAAAAGGACUUAUGCUGAAGCACUUGAAGAAUCAUGUCAGGAAGAUAGAAAGACAACAUCUUGCUGCAGUUCUUGAGGCUGGUCAGCAGGCUCCUGCUCUUAAUGAACUAGAAUGUUCUGAUGUUCCUCUGUCUCUUGAAAAUGGGAAUUCCGAUGGUUCCAAAGAUAAUGAACCAGAGACUCCAAUAGCUCCAAGUGCUGACCAAGUGGUCCAAGUGGAGGAGGAGAAUACUGAACAGGUAUUUGAUGCGGUGGAAAACCAUCUAAGUGACCAGGAUGAUGCUACUGAAAACAGUAGUGACAGCUGUUUCAAUAAUGUUCCUGAUGCUUUAAGUACAGAAAGUUUGCCUGAAGAUGAUGAGAGCUCUGCUAAAGAGUCACCUAUUCUGCAUAAAGUGAAUGGAGCUUUUUGCCCUCAGAAAGACAUUGAUGCUAUGGAUGAGGAAGGAAGCUUUAAGUGCCCAGCUAAUGGUUGCGCUAGAGUGUUUAAAAAGAUAAGAUUCCUCAAUAAACACGCAAGAAAAGCUCAUCCAACUGAUUUGAAGGUGCAGCAACAUAUAAUGAAAUGGAAUAAAGGAAAAUGCCGCUUCUGCCAGAGAAAAUUUGCUGAUUCCCAGCAUUUUAUAGAUCACUUGAAGAGGCACGUGUAUCCAAAUGUUUACUUUUGUUUACACUUUAAUUGUAAUCAGAGAUUUAAGCUGUCAACUGAGCUGGCAGAACAUACAAAAAGUCAUAGUGUUUUUAAAGCUCAGUGCAAUUUUGCAGAAUGCUGUGAGCUAUUUGAGGAGCUCCCUUUGCUGUAUGAACAUGAGGCUCAGCAUUAUUUAAAUAAAACACCAGAAUGUUCAGAAGAUGCAAGUGAAAAAGAUUCUUCAGAUGAUCCUUCAGAACUUUGUAGUUACCAAGAUGAUGAUGAACCUCUUAAUGAGAAAGACACUGUAGAUUUACCAGUUCCAACUUGGAAGUCAAGGAAGGAUUCUACAGAACCAAAGACAUACAUUCAAAGUGUUGAGAAGAAAGCAAAUAAUGUAAUUCACAAUGGAAAUGAAAGUUUAUCUGAGGGUAGUGCUACAGUUUUGAUAGACCAAAAGACACCUGUGUUACAGCCAAAUUCUGAAAACUGUAAUGUUGUUAGCGACCAACUAGUCAAUGGGCACAGUGAACCAGAUCAGACAUCAUCAAAGUCAUCAGAAAUACCUUUGGACAGAGUGGCAGAUGAAACAAGGACAGAAAAUGGGUCAGUGUUACCUGUUUUACAGAAUUGUAAUGAAGUACCACAAAAUAAUGCUGCUGCCUCACAAAUACCUUCUAAACCAAAUCAGCCAACGGAGAAUACUUCAUAUGGUGUCAUCUUAACAAAACCAUAUGUUAGACCAUUGCCUCCAAGUUACCUUGAUGAACGAUACAUUAGCAUGCCAAAACGUAGAAAAAUUUUGACUGAUAAAGUAGAUGCUCAUUCUGAACAAGAUAAAUUUUGUAGCAAAUCAACAGAAAGAUUUAGAUGUGGCAACUGCUUGACCAUCUACUGUAAUUCAGAAGCACUUGAGGCUCACCUUGCACAAAAGAAGUGUCAGACGCUCUUUGGAUUCGAUUCAGAUGAUGAAAGUGCCUGAUUCAAUGUUGUGGGAAAAUGUAUCAAACGAGGAGUGGUGUAAGAAGACACUACAUGAAGAAGCAUCAGUUCGUUUCCCAGUUGGCCUUAAUCAUAAAGCAGUCUCAAAUUACUAAAGAAAAACAUGACCGUGAUAAAGAUAAAGCACAUUUUUUAGACAAAACUCACGGAGGAAUAAUAGGAGCUCUGCAGGUCUUGAGUCCAGAAAGGUUGCUACAAAACCCCCAAAGUACCAGUUAUCCAAAAAGCCACGUUCAUUCCAAAUGUGUGAUUGAAGCUUAGUGGCACAGUCUUUCUAGCAUGAAGGUUUAAGGAAAAUAAGGCGUACAGUUGAGCAAGCAGAGAAAGCAGAGGUGUUAAUUGCCUUAUAGAAAUAAAACCAGCCAAUUCUGAAAGCUGCUUUAGUUGGAAAAUGUGUGAUUAAAGGAAAUCCAUCCAAACAGCUGGGAAGGAUUCAUUCAAGGUGUUACAUUAUUAUAAUAUGGAUAAGAAACGUGUAGAGGAACUAUGCAUUCUUUUUUCAAAGUUUCAGUAUGUGAUUCCAUUACCUGCUAAACAGCAUGGAACUCAUUUAAUAAACUUAUACUCAGAAUCCAAAAAGAGGAAUGUAGAAAGAAAUCGAAGAUGGAUGGAAUGCUCGAAUAGCCAGAAACUUGGAAGUACAGAGCAUGCAAGGAAGAGCGAGUUGGUGUGGUAUUAAGUGUGGAAGUUAUGCGCAGUGGAAACCAGAUGCAUGCAAGGGAAGCCCUUUUCAAGGCUAUGGUAAAUGUGCAUGUUAAGGAUGUCCUGUAAAACAUCUGUUGUAGGUGCAGGAAGACUCAUACGAGCAGUACAUGCACAGAUUGCGGGGAUAUUAACAGAAGCAGAUUGAAACAAAUACAGAAUGUGAAGGGGGUUAAGCUUGCAUUACAGGGCAGAGUUAAACUAAUUUUAUGCAAAUACAGAGGUCCUUCAGCUGCUGGUAUGUCUGAAAAGAACUUGAGAUGGAUUCUGUUUAAAAAAAAAAAAAGUUAAAAAAAUAGGCAGACAAAAGCAGAGUGUAUGUCAAAUUGGAAAAAAAUAUCAGGAAAAGCCGGUUUCACAUGUGAUACUGCUUAAUGGUGGUAGGUCACAACUCAGUACUGUAACUACUUAUUUACUGUCUAGAGGAAGGGAGAAAAUAUGUAUCUACUCAACUUUAAGACACAUUAUUACAACCCUAUCUAGUAGCAUCUCUUGAAAAGAUAGCCUUUUCCAGAAAUUAGUGAAGGAGUUAGACUUAAAUGUUAAGCACUUUAUCCAAAAUUCACUGUUCAUAGGAACAAUCAGAAUGUGAAGACAGGAAAUUUGAGUCACUCAGCUCUGUACAUAACAUUGGAAUACAGGACAUUUGGAAACCAAAAAGAUGCUGUUGUAGUUUUUGAUCUUCCCACCCCUGACAGAGGUGUGGCAAACAUGCAUACUGUCCAACUACUGUGCUAAUUUAUCCUCCGAUUUAUCUAACACUGCCAUGCCACCUAAAAAUGUUUUAUUUGGGAUCCUGUUCUAUGCGGGUAGCUGAAAAUUUUAAUGUGAUUGUAGGCAUAGAGGAUAUAGUGGUGAAAACUACAGAUGGAGCCAUCACAGACCUGUAGGACAGCAAAGACCAACCGUUCCUGCUCAGCUAGUUUGCUUACUGACUAGUUUAUCACAGUGCGUGUAUGGCAUAAUAAGAUGAUCAACUUGCUUAAACCAACAGAUCUGUAAAAACUAAUGAAGAAAAAAUCAAGAGGUACAUAUAAAAAAAUCUGUUUGUUGUAGCAAUGGCUCACACUUGCAAACCUAAGAGUUUCAUUGUAAAAUAGGCUGCUGAGUAGUUCUGGAACUUAAUAGUUCAGUAAUGCCUCUGCUAAUAAUCCUCUGUGAAGUUAAACAGAUAUCUGCAUUAAUUCUGCUUCCUUUUCUCUUUCUGGGAGGUAAAAAGAAUGCAAAUUCAAAAUCAUACUCUUUUGAAUUCUGGAAAAUCUUUGCCUUAACUUUGAGUUGGAUUAACAUAACACAAAAGGUUAUAAAAUUAUGAUCACAGGUAUGUGUGCAUUCCAUUAAUAUCGAUGACUGGCCCACUUUCAGAGAUCUGUGUGACAUUUGAGGCACCAAAGAAUUUUUUGCAGUUGCAAAAAAACUGACUUCAAUGCAUCGUUCAUUAUAUAUACAUAUGUACGCACACUAUAUAUAUAUUUACGUAUAUAAAAACAUUAAACGUUUUUAGACAUAAAAUUAAUGGGGACCUUAUCAGCCAAAUCCACUUUCACAUUUUUUGUUUUCAAGUUACCAACUAAUUUUUAAGGGCCCGGUUAUAAUUUGUUCCCAGGUUCCCCUUUCUUUGCUUAACAUUGUUAAUCUAGUUAAAUUUGUUUAAAUAUAUUUGGAAGGAAAAAAAAUAAUUUUGAAGUAUGACAGUUCUAAAAAUCUGAAAACUCAGCCAACAGAUAUGACAAAAAUGUUUGUGUAAAGUCUUCUAAAUGUACCUUUAAUCUUUGGUGCUUUUUUGCCUUUUCCUGGAGCUUCAUGUGUUUGAAGAUGCUUUAAAAACAUGAUUGAGACUUGUAUUUUCUUUGGUUUAAGUGUGUAGAUAAAUGCAUCUAUGUACAUGCAUAAACUGUGACCAUAAUUUUUUGUACCUGCAUUAAACUCAGUUUUGCUCAAA